AUGCACAGGAUAAUGAUGGAUUUGAACCUGACGACGGUCGUUGACAGCGGCUUCGUGGAAAGCGACCGGUCCACGCGGGUUCUGACCGGUUGCUUUCUGUCCAUUCUGAUCCUCUCCACUUUGCUCGGGAACACGCUGGUUUGCGCAGCUGUCACAAAGUUUCGCCACCUGCGCUCUAAAGUCACCAACUUUUUUGUCAUCUCGCUGGCCGUGUCAGACCUGCUGGUGGCCAUUCUGGUCAUGCCCUGGAAGGCUGUGACAGAGGUAGCCGGCUUCUGGCCCUUCGGCGCGUUUUGUGACAUUUGGGUGGCUUUCGACAUCAUGUGCUCCACGGCGUCCAUCCUGAACCUGUGCGUUAUCAGCGUGGACCGAUACUGGGCCAUUUCCAGCCCGUUCCGCUACGAGAGGAAGAUGACUCCCAGGGUUGCCUUUGUGAUGAUCAGCGUGGCUUGGACCCUGUCCGUGCUCAUCUCCUUCAUCCCGGUGCAGCUCAAAUGGCACAAGGCUCAGCCGGAGGUCAACGCGUCUCGCGGGACCCGGCUGGCGGACAACUGCGACUCCAGCCUCAACCGGACAUACGCCAUUUCGUCCUCGCUCAUCAGCUUCUACAUUCCCGUCGCCAUCAUGAUUGUAACCUACACUCAGAUUUACAGAAUCGCCCAGAAGCAGAUCCGACGGAUCUCAGCUCUGGAGCGGGCCGCGGAGAGCGCCAAGAUCCGCCACGACAGCAUGGGCGGCAGCUCCAACGUGGACUCGGAGAGCUCCUUCAAACUGUCCUUUAAACGGGAGACGAAAGUCUUAAAAACGCUGUCGGUUAUAAUGGGGGUUUUCGUGUGCUGCUGGUUGCCAUUUUUCAUCCUGAACUGCAUGGUGCCGUUUUGCAAGCGCACGUCUGCCGGCCUCCCCUGCAUCAGUCCGACCACAUUUGAUGUUUUUGUCUGGUUCGGAUGGGCCAAUUCGUCUCUCAACCCCAUUAUAUACGCCUUCAAUGCCGACUUUCGCCGAGCGUUCGCCAUCCUUCUGGGAUGCCAGAGACUCUGUCCGGGAAGCAAUAGCAUGGAGACACCUAGCCUGAAUAAGAACUGAAAAGCAAUGUCACACCAAUCUUUUGCCAAGAAAGGCAGGGGGGGAAAUGGAUUUGGGAUUAAGACUCUGGGAAGAGAGCCCUCCUGCUGUGCUGGAGAGCAGGGGAAGCGGUUGCGACGUCCCUUAAGCGAGGCUAAUCUCUAUAAAAAGCUAUACUUCCCCAAAGAAUGACACAGGGGUGGUCUGUGCGUUCCCAGUGUCUUUUUUUCAGACAAUGAACCGAUUAUUGAAUCCACAAGUGACUUGCAGAAGCAAUGCUUCCUUGAAUCUUUCAUUUAAAAAAAGCUGUACAGUUAAAGCGCUGGGCAAAACUGCAAUACAUUGAAACAAAUGUAGUGUAUUUAUUGCAAAUGAGUGGAGAAUGUGUUCGUCAUUCCAUAAAUAAAUGACCAGUCAUUUCCAAUCGCCGCAUUUACAUCGCUGCUUGAUAAAUAUCUAUCUCAUCCUCUCCACUCUCAUUACAUUUCCUUUACGUCUUGCCUUAUUCAUAAGACUUCACAUUUUUUUUUCCAAAACAAGAGGGCAGAUGGUCAAUCAUGAGAUGGCCAUCCCAUUAUUGCCAUAAUGAACAUGUAUAUUGUUCUGUGGUACUUGUUCUCUUCAAAGCCUCUGAUUCAUUAUUAAACCGUGAAAGCUAAACACCACGACUGGCAGAACAGAUGGCCGUGAAAUAAAAAUGCAGAUGUGGCAGAGCGCUCAUUUACGGUCAUCAAGUAAUAGAUACGUUAUUGUCGAGAUUGUAAUUGUGUUCUGAAAGCGUACGGUACAAAAUAACACUGGAUGUGAUGCAAUGUGUCAUGUGAUAACGUUGAGCACGUCUGCGGUGAACUGAAUGUAAUUGAUUGUGAUGAGUCUGAUUAUGUGGUCGAUUUUAUGAUAUUUUCAUGCUUUCACAACACUUCAUUUGGUGCUGUUACUUGUAUUGUGGUGUUUAGGGAAAGAUACUGUUUCAGUGAAGUAGAUAUUUAACUUAUUUGUGACCCUGGACCACAAAACCAGUCUUCAGUAGCAAUAGCUAAAAUUAUCAGUUUUUUUUUUAAUGCCAAAAAUCAUUAGGAUAUUAAGUAAAGAUCAUGUUCCAUGAAGAUAUUUUGUAAAAUCCCUACCGUAAAUAUAUCAAAACCUAAUAUGCAUUGCUAAGAACUUCAUUUGCAGAACUUUAAAGCAGAUUUUUUUUUUUUUUUUUUUUUUUUUUAUUCUCAGAUUCCAUAUUUAAUAGUUGUAUCUCAGCUAAAUAUUGUCCUAUUCUACACCAAACCAUACAGCAAUUUAAAAAAAACUGACCUUUUGUGGUACAGGGUCACAUUUGACAACUGAUGAGAAAGUACAUAUGUGACCCUGGACCACAAAACCAGUCUUAUGUUGCACGGGUAUAUUUGUAGCAAUAGCCAAAAACACAUCGGAUGGGUCAAAUUUUUCUUUUAUGCCAAAAAUCAUUAGGAUAUUAAGUAAAGAUCAUGUUCCAUGAAGAUAUUUUGUAAAUUUCCUACCGUAAAUAUAUCAAAACUUCAUUUUAGAUUAGUAAUAUGCAUUGCUAUAACCUUCAUUUGGACAACUUUAAAGGCAGUUUUCUCAAUAUUUUGAUUUUUUUGCACCAUCAGAUUUCAGAUUUUCAAAUAGUUAUAUUUCAGCCAAAUAUUGUCCUUUCCUAACAUCAAUGGAAAGCUUAUUUAUUCAGCUUUCAGAUGAGUUAUAAAUCUCAAUUUCGAGAAAUUUACACUUAUGACUGGUUUUGUGGUCCAGGGUCACAUAUGUAAAUCAAACAUUAGGAUUCAUGGUGUUGAAGUUCUUUUCAUUGGCUUUUGGUAAAUUAAAACGUGUUUGUUCUUUCUUUGUGAACACUGUGUUUGUAAACCUAUGCAAAACGUGCUCUAGAAAAUACAUCUGUGGAUUAAUAAUUCCUCAGCAGCACUCCAGCUCUUAUUCUUCACUUGAUGAAACUUGAAUAGGAAACAAUAACAGACAGCAGGAACCGCGGCUCUCAACCUCUUAAACUUUCAUUUGUUACCGUCAAGCUGUCUUGACACUGCGCAAAGCUGGCAUAAAUAGAGAUAAUAAGCUCAGGCUCGGCUCAGAGGAACCGGGGAGUCAAAUUGUUUUUGUUUGCCAGCCUCCGUGAAUGUGUAAGAGUCAAGCUCUCACAGCGGGGCCCUCAAAACUGACAUUCCCACUCAGCCUCAAAUACCAUGCUCUCGUAUCAGACACAAUAGGAAGCAUAUUGGAUGAGUUAUUAAACAGUAGACGCUGUGCUUAAGAUCCAGAAACACCAGUGCAUGAGUCAUCUCUGUCAUUUGUUGCGGUACGCUAUGUUGUGUUUGGUCUAUGUCAGCCGACAGGAAACAGUGGGGCCACUGUGUAAUUAGUGUAAUGAAGAGCAUUAGUAUUGUAUAGCAUACUUAUGCAUACUUAAUGGA